UAACUAUCUUAGCUUGUCUCUAUAUUAAUAUUUUUAACAAGAGUUACAAAGUCAAUGAAAAUUUAGCCUAGCAAUUAAAAGCUGUUCCAUAAACACGGAUACUUGUGCAGAUUUAAUGUGCAUUUGUGGAGCUCAUCAUUGUCUUCACAAACGCACUCAAGAUUUUAUCAAGCCCCAUGUAUACCGAUCAGGUUUACCAAAAACAGAAGCUCAGGAGAAAUACAUAUGGUAUCACAAUCAGCCAUUACAGAAAGCUCUAAAGCCAUUUAGUUUGAACUGGAUGAAUGAAGUUCUGGAGCCUAAGUUUCCAAUGAAAAAUAUCCCUAAAAUUAACCAGGUUCUACUUCAUGGUGACAGUUUCUCUAAAGAUGAGCGACAUCGAAAUGCUUUUGACCAUAGCCCAUACAUUCCGAAAGCAUCCUGUCAUUCAGUUACGCAAGAUGAACCAGCCGAAGCAAUGGCUGUAGGUGCUUGCCGUGACUGGGAAGCUAACUGCUCAGUUGGAAAAGAAUGUGGAAAAUGCUUAAACGUAUUCUCAUCACUAAAUAGAUCACUUGAAAAAAAUAUUGAAACAGAUGGUUUUGCAAAGACAUGUAAUGACAUAUGCACUGCAUGUACCGAGAAAUAUGGUGCUGAUUACAGCAGAAACCUUCUAAAACAAAUACAGUGCGACCCGGAGAAUCCAUGUAAAGGAGAAUAUGCAAUAAUUAUGAAGCCUGGUGAAGGUAAUAGUCCAGAAAUACAAUGUGUUUGCAGAACUCAGUCUAAUUAUCAUUAACAUAUAGUAUUGACUU